GAGCGUCGCGUUGCCGCUGCAAGCCGCACAGCUGCUCACAAUCAUGGCCGACGUCGAGCAGGGCUCCGCGACGACGCCGCGAAGUCCAAGAGAAGUCAGGCCGCCGACCCCGGAGCAAAUACGCGCCGCACGCAACAAGCUCCCCGAGACGCCGGCCGCGCCGCCGCCGAAAGAUCCGAGGAAUUUGGACUACGACGAGCACUGCCACUGCUGUUUGAGGGUAGGCGCGACGUGGCUCAUCUGCGGCAAGAAAAGGGGAAGGUGGCCACUCCAGUGGUUCGUCGGCCCGGAUUGGUGCUGCAUGUUGUGUACCUAUACUUUAGUGUUAGUGCCAACAGUAGCAUUUAUCAUCUUCAUCGGCGAGCACCACUGGGCGGCGAGGUAUGGUGCGGUGCUCACGGGUGGCGCUACCCUAGUGGCGUUCUCGUCGGCGGCGUGCAGCGACCCGGGCGUUAUUUAUAGAGAGGCGUCUCAAACAGGAAACGAGGGCGAUGUCCACAGCUGCAGGAGGUGCGACGUCAUAAGACCGCACGAAGCUAGGCACUGCUACGAGUGCCAAGUUUGCAUCGACGACCUGGAUCAUCACUGUCCAUGGACUGGGAAAUGUAUUGGCAAACGGACGCUCUUCGCCUUCCACGCGUUCCUCAUCUGCCUCUCGGUGCACAUUUUGUUCGUGGUCGUCGGGGCGAUAGUGGUGUUUGCGGUCAAGUAAGUUAUGUUAGUCUAAUA